AUGGUGGUGGAUGUGGAUGGUGGUGGUGGUGGUGGUGGUAGUGGUGUUGUUGGUGCUGGUGGCGGUGAUUGUCUUCUUGGUUGCUUAGUGGUGGUGGUGGAUUUAUGGUUGUGGUGGUUGUGGUGGUGCGGUGGUGGUGCUGCCCGUAGUGGAGGUGGUGGUGAUGGUGGUGGUGUUGGUGAUGGUGGGGGUUGUGGUUUUAGUGGUGGUGGUGAUAGUGUUUGUGGUGUGGUAGGGGUGGGGAUGAUGCCAACGCGAGGGUGUGCCGGUGGUGGUGGUGGUGGCAGUGCGGUUAGUGGUUGUGGUGGUGGUGGUGGUGUUGGUGGAUGUGCUGGUGAUGGUCAUGGUGGUGGUGGUGGUUGUGGUUGUGGUGGUGUUGGCCACGGUAGUCAUUGUGGUAGUUGUGGUGGUGCUGGUGGCUGUGGUGGUGGUGGUGGUGGCCAUGACGAUGGAUGUGGUAGCCAUAGGUGGUGGUGGAGGUCGUGGUUGUUUAGUGUUGGUGGUGGUGGAUGUGGAGGGUGUAGUGGCGGUGGUUGUGGUGAUGGUGGUGGUUGUGGUGGUGGCGGCGAUUAUAGUGGUGGUGGUUCUAGUGGUGGUAGCCGACAUGGGUGUCGUUGCGGUGGUCGUGGUGGUGGUCGUAGGGUUGGUGGCUAUGGUGGUGGUGGUGGUGAUUGUCGUUGUGGUGGUGGUGGUUUUUGCAGUUGUGGUGGUGGUGGUGGUGGUGGCGGUGGUGGCGGUAGUGGUGGUGGAGGUAGUGGCGUAGGCGUUGGUUAUGGUAGUGGUGGUGGCCGUGGUGGAGUUCGUGGUCGUGGUGGUGGUGUGGUGGUGGGGGUCGUGGCCGUGGGUGUAGUGGUGGUGGUGGUGGGUUGUGGUAGCGGUGGUGAUGGUGGUGGUGGUGGUGGCCGUUGUGGGGGUGGUCGUGGUGGCCGCGGUGGUUGUAAUGGUAGUGGUGGUAGUGGUUGUGGUGGUGGUAGCCGUGGAGGUGGUGGGUCUUGUUGUGAUGGUAGGGGUCAUUGUCGUGUGGGUGGUGGUGGCAGUGGGUGUGGUGGUAGUGACUGUUGUGGGGUUGGCCAUGGUGGUGGUGGUCGUGGUCGUGGUUGGGGUGGUGGAUUACAGUUUGGUCUCGGUCCACGAUUCAGGAUUCAGGGUUUAGGAUUUAAGGUUUAUGGUUCAGGGUUUAGGCUUUAUGGCUUAAGGCAACAGAGUGUCUUUUGCAAGUCCCCCUACGCCAUCCUUGGAGUCCCUCUGGAGCAAGAGAAGAUUCACCAGCGAUCAAAUACUAGAACUCUCCAACAGAUUUGUGGAUUACAGUUUGGUCUCGCAAGAACAAGUUUAGGGUUCAGGAUUCAAUGUUUAUGGUUUAGGGUUUAUGGUUCAUGGUUCAAGAUUAAGGAUUCAGGGUUUAGGGUUCACGGUUUUGGGUUUUGGGUUCAGGGUUUAGGUGAUGGUUAUCGUAGUAAUGGUGUUGGUGCUGGUGGUGCUGGUGGUUGUGGAAGUGGUGGUGAUAGUGGUGGUGGUGGGGGGGAUGGUGGAGGCGGUGAUCGUGGUGGUGGCCUUGGGGUUGGUGGCUGUGGUGGUGGAUGUGCUGGUGAUGGUCGUGGUGGUAGUGGUAGCUAUGGUGGUGGUGGUAGUGGUGGUGGUGGUGGUAGUGGUGGUGUCCGUGGUGAUGGUGGCGGUGGUCGUGGUUGGGGUGGUGGAUUACAGUUUGGUCUUGUAAGAACAAGUUUAGGGUUCAAGAUUCAGGGUUUAUGGUUUAGGGUUUAUGGUUCAGGGUUCAUGAUUCAGGAUUCAAGUGGUUCUGCUGAUAGUGGUGAUGGUGGUGGUCGUUUUAGCGGUUAUAGUGGUGGUCAUGGUGGUGGUGCCCAUCGCGAUGGUGGUGGUGGUAGUGGCGAUGUUGGUGGUGGUGGCGGAGAUUGUGUUGGUGGUUAUGGGAGUGAUGGUGGUCGUAUAGGUCAUGAUUGUGGUAGUUGUGGUGAUGGUGGUGGUGCUUGGGUAGGGAUGAUUGAUCCGGGUGGUGGUCGUGGUGGUUGUGGUGAUGGUGCUGAUGGUGGUCAUGGUGGUGGUGUCCAUCGUGGUGGUGGUAGCGGUAGCCUUGGUGGAAUUGGUGGUGGUGGUGGUGAUUGCCGUUGUGGUGGUGCUGGUUUUUAUAGUUGUGGUGGUCUUGGUGCUAAUGGUGGUUAUGGUGGUGGUGGUGGCCAUGGUGGUUGUUAUGAUGGUGGUGGUGGUCGUGGUGGAAGUGGUGAUGGUGGGUUUGGUUGUGGUGGCGGUGGCCUUGGUGGAAGUGGUGGUGGUGGCCGUGGUGGGGGUGGUCGUGGUCACCACGGUGGUUGUAAUGGUAGUGGUGGUAGUGGUUGUGGUGGUGGUAGCCGUGGAGGUGGUGGGUCUUGUUGUGAUGGUGGGGGUCAUGGUCGUGGGGCUGGUGGUGGCCGUGGGUGUGGUGGUGGUGGCUAUUGUGGGGUGGCCGUGGUGGUGGUGGCGGUGGUCGUGGUUGGGGUGGUGGAUUACAGUUUGGUCUCAUAA